CACAUGUUUUAAGGUUGUCUUAUGCAUCUCAGUGUCCAUUCAGCCCCAGUCUCCUCCUCCACUCACUCCCCGUCUUACCCUCUCCUCAGUGGGUAUAAAAGAGGACAUUUAUUUACCACCUUCACUUCAUCUGGAACCUCCAGCCUCAAUCUGAUCCACUGAACUACUGAACCACACGGACUAAUCAUGAGCAGGAACUACAUGUCCAAGUAUGAUGAGAUGCGUAAGGGAGACUACAUGUGGUCCAAUAACAAGGAAUACAAGGCAGUUUUCCAGGAGGACGGUAACUUUGUCAUCUAUGGCUGGAGGCAGAUGUGGUCCUCUGACACCGCAGGACAGCGCGACGCCUACCGCCUGUGCAUGCAAGAUGACUGCAACUUUGUCAUGUACAAGAGGGAUAACAAGAUGAUGUGGCAAACCAAGAGCCAGGCUCAAGGGUUCAAGAUGUGCCGCAUGUACCUACAUAACGACGGUAACCUGGUCGUUGAGAAGGACGGAGAAGAAAUGUGGAACUCUUCUUCCUCCAAGGGUCACAAGCAGUAAACGUCCUGAUUCGGUCCAAACGGGCGUCAAAGAAGAUGACCUCUGUACCAUCAGUCAAAUGCCUGUGUUCAAAUAUCCACAUUAAUAUACCACUUACAAAUCAAGCGAUGUGCUUUGCAUGCUUUGUGUAAGUGUUAUGCUAGUGUGGUUAUUGGAACAUAACCUUAAUGUAUCUGAUUCAGAGUGAAAUGAUUAUCCAAUAAACCUUUUAAAAAUGCCCCAAAA